AUGCCUGUCCGACGGCGACUCUGUGGUAAGCAGCCGCCGCCAGACGGCCCCCCUGACCGGGAGGCACGCAAGCAGCUGCUGAUAUGGCUGCGCGACAAAUGGGCUGCGCAGCGAAUGGCCGCUCGGAAUGAGCACGGACACGCCAAGCGGCAGCGGUGGAGAGCUUCAUUUGCACAAGCCGACAGGCCGCAGAUUUUGCGCGACAUGUUGCCGCAAAUUCCUGUGAAGUUUGCACGUGCUGCACGUGACCUACUGGCAGGGUGGCAUGUCGAAGAGCCGAUUGUCAACGAGCCAUCGCCGCAAGCAUACAAGGGCACUGGUACUAUGUUCCGAUACAGUGGCUCCUUUAGCAUGAUUGAGCAUCAACCUUCCUUGGACCUGCUUGCGGCAGGACCAUCUGUCGACAUUGAUCUGCUCAGUGCCGGCCUACGAAACGCACCGCAGGUGCUUGCCAUUUGGGAUGACUUUCAAAGUUGGAUGACCGAGCUCGGCAACAAGUACCGCUUUGAACGGGUCAGCACCGCCCUGGAGCUCCACACAGAGGUGACGCUGCAACGCAGAGUGCCUUCCAUUCACUUGCACAUGAUGUUUGACACCCGCGACUCGGCAGCAAUGCGGGCUCGUGGGCGGUCAGUCCGUCGUGCACUGGAUCAAGGGCACUUUUAUCUCCAAGUGGAGAAGAAAGGGUCCAUUUUUCGCCAGACCACUUGCCCAGCAUACCAGACUUUCACAGUGAGCCCCGACUGGGUGACUGGACUUUGGCAGGGGGAUAAGAUUAACAAGGAGUGUGCCGAGCAGCACUACGUCCAAUGCAAGCGCAACAUUCGUGCUUACUGUGAGAACCUGAAGUACCAUGGCCAGAAACAACGGGAGCUGUACAUUCAGCAGCAGCAGGCUGCUGCAGCAGAGCUCUUGCGCCCACUGCAGAAAGAGCCAGUGGAACUACCAGAAGUGACGCAGCUGUUCUUGCCACAGUUCACGCGGCCUAUGCAUCGCCGAAAAUUCUUGGUGCUGAAUGGCCCAACGCGCCUGGGGAAGACUGUCUAUGCACGGUCUCUCUUUGGCGCAGAUCACACGUAUGAAACCAAUUGUUCCGGGGUGUUGGAGCCCGACAUGAGGGAAUAUGAUGUGCUACGGCACCGGUGUGUGGUGUUUGAUGAAGCUAGUGUCCAUCUUGUCUUGAAGCACAAAAAAUUGUUUCAGGCGCCGCCUGCCGAAAUUUCACUUGGGCACUCGGCGACAGGCAUGUAUGUUUAUCGCAUCUGGGUUUGGAAUGUCGCUCUCAUUGUCACAUCCAAUGUCUGGACCACCGAACUGGAGCAGCUCGCUGCAGAAGAUCGGGAAUGGCUAGAAGGGAAUGCGAGUCUCCAUAUUGUCUGCCUGUGUGACACACGGCUUGCCGGCGUCCCUGCGCAUGCCAUGAUGCCGGAUGCAGCUGCAGCUGAAGUAGUCCGAUUACAGCAAGCUUUAGUGGCUAACCGGAACGAGUUGAAAGGCGCUUACCAGCAGGCCAGACGGCAGCAAAAGAGAGUGCAAUGUUGUGGCCUGGGGCCUGCAGCUCGCCGAACGACCCUAGCUGUGUAUGUGCUGUCCAACUACAACAUAGCUCUCGCUGUCCGCGUGGCUUGCAGGUUAUCCACGUACAAGCGCCCUGAGGAUGCUGGGUUCCCAACAGCUGCAGCCCUAGAAGAGCUUUUUUUGGAAUCCCCGCCAACAGACUGGCUUGAAUUCGGCGAGCUAGCAGCGCAGAGGGCACACGCCUUUUUGGCAGAGGCCGCAACUUCGGAUUGGGUGCGUGAUUGCAAUGUCUUGCAUGGUGUGGCCCCUUCCUCGAUGGACGUCUUCUUGCACUGGGAGCAUGCCUUUAUCGGCCAUCAGCUCGACGUGGGUGUCCCUCCGCGACGCUACGUGAACAAGUGGGCGCAGAAGUGGCGUGCGCGUUGGGGUGUCCGCCGCAAAGUGUUGAAACAGGUGGUGCACAAGGCGCUGAAGCGGCAGUUGGCGCAAGCAACCCGAGAGGUGAAGAGCCAGGUUGCCAAUGGUCGUUUUUCAGCCAUGCAAGCGCUGGGACAACAGUCUCGAGUGGCGCGGAAAGUCCGUGCGUACUUGACGAAAACAAAGCUGCUGAGCAUUGCAUGCUGUUCAUUGUACGGUCGCUUUGUCAUCGACUGCUUAGCUGCACGCAAGCAGCUGCUGAUAUGGCUGCGCGACAAAUGGGCUGCGCAGCGAAUGGCCGCUCGGAAUGAGCACGGACACGCCAAGCGGCAGCGGUGGAGAGCUUCAUUUGCACAAGCCGACAGGCCGCAGAUUUUGCGCGACAUGUUGCCGCAAAUUCCUGUGAAGUUUGCACGUGCUGCACGUGACCUACUGGCAGGGUGGCAUGUCGAAGAGCCGAUUGUCAACGAGCCAUCGCCGCAAGCAUACAAGGGCACUGGUACUAUGUUCCGAUACAGUGGCUCCUUUAGCAUGAUUGAGCAUCAACCUUCCUUGGACCUGCUUGCGGCAGGACCAUCUGUCGACAUUGAUCUGCUCAGUGCCGGCCUACGAAACGCACCGCAGGUGCUUGCCAUUUGGGAUGACUUUCAAAGUUGGAUGACCGAGCUCGGCAACAAGUACCGCUUUGAACGGGUCAGCACCGCCCUGGAGCUCCACACAGAGGUGACGCUGCAACGCAGAGUGCCUUCCAUUCACUUGCACAUGAUGUUUGACACCCGCGACUCGGCAGCAAUGCGGGCUCUAGCACCGUACCUUCCUGGCCCAUGCACCCGCAUGUUGCGGCCAGGGCGACAAGUGCAUCUGUCUGGACAAAGUUUGGCAUUUCGUGGGUGCAAGCCGCACAUCUCCUUGGAUUCCUCGCAGGCUCGUGGGCGGUCAGUCCGUCGUGCACUGGAUCAAGGGCACUUUUAUCUCCAAGUGGAGAAGAAAGGGUCCAUUUUUCGCCAGACCACUUGCCCAGCAUACCAGACUUUCACAGUGAGCCCCGACUGGGUGACUGGACUUUGGCAGGGGGAUAAGAUUAACAAGGAGUGUGCCGAGCAGCACUACGUCCAAUGCAAGCGCAACAUUCGUGCUUACUGUGAGAACCUGAAGUACCAUGGCCAGAAACAACGGGAGCUGUACAUUCAGCAGCAGCAGGCUGCUGCAGCAGAGCUCUUGCGCCCACUGCAGAAAGAGCCAGUGGAACUACCAGAAGUGACGCAGCUGUUCUUGCCACAGUUCACGCGGCCUAUGCAUCGCCGAAAAUUCUUGGUGCUGAAUGGCCCAACGCGCCUGGGGAAGACUGUCUAUGCACGGUCUCUCUUUGGCGCAGAUCACACGUAUGAAACCAAUUGUUCUGGGGUGUUGGAGCCCGACAUGAGGGAAUAUGAUGUGCUACGGCACCGGUGUGUGGUGUUUGAUGAAGCUAGUGUCCAUCUUGUCUUGAAGCACAAAAAAUUGUUUCAGGCGCCGCCUGCCGAAAUUUCACUUGGGCACUCGGCGACAGGCAUGUAUGUUUAUCGCAUCUGGGUUUGGAAUGUCGCUCUCAUUGUCACAUCCAAUGUCUGGACCACCGAACUGGAGCAGCUCGCUGCAGAAGAUCGGGAAUGGCUAGAAGGGAAUGCGCCAAUCGCAGUGGGGAUUCUGGUGGCUCCCAUCGUGCUGUCAGUGUUUGCGCAUGUGACCUGCAAAGAUAUCCAGGACACUGCAAUAUGCCCUGACUGGCAAGUUCCAGCUGCAGGUUGGCGUUGGCCCGCCGUGGGCUGUGGCAUCUGGGCCACCUUGGCCGCCUUUACGGCCUGGGUGCAGCUGGACAUGUUGGAGGAGUCGGAUGAAGAAGAUGCCUGGCAUGACUAUCCCUGGCCUUUGGGACGAAAGAGGAGUUCACACUCCUGGCGGCGUUUCCGAGGAGAAGACUGGGGACACUGA